AUGGAAUUUUUAGUAACAAAUACCCAAAACGAAGAAAGCACCGAUGAUGGAAGCUAUCGUGAAGAAAAUUCCAAUCCAAGUCUGUCAAUGCCAAAACAAGAGCACAUGCGACCACUCAAUUUGAUCACAGACUCAUCAAGACAUACUCCAUCCCCACCAGUUCCAGAAACUCCAAACAAUCCAAUGAACAUGGCAGCAUUAGCGGCCUUGCAAAGUCAAAUUCCAUUAAGUUCAUUCUUCCUUCAAAAUCAGUUUGGAAUGAAUGCACUUGCUGGACUACCAUCAGCUGAUAUGGGUUCAUUGCAACAAGCAUUGCAAGCACAACAAGCGUCAUUCCAACAACAACUACAAAAUUAUAUGCUGCUUCAUGCAAGUGCAAAUACGGGCGCGAAUCCAACACAAGCGCAAGCAGCUGCACAAUUAUUGAUUCAAAGUCAAGUUCAGCAAGCAAUGGCACAAGCAGCUCAACAACUUCAAACUUUGCAAAAGAAUAAUUUAAAGCGAAGUUAUUCUCAAAGUGAAGCAUCAAAUAUUAACAACAGUCCUAUUCAUAGCCCUUCACAAAGUCCACUAUUGGGAAGUAAUCGAACGACACCACCAAAUGCUAACACCACACAAAUUUCUGUUGGUGGAAUACUAACCCCAUCGACUCCCAAUUCAGGUCCUCAUCCACCACAACAGAAGCAUUCAACGAUGACAACUGCUGCUAGAACGAUGGAACCUUCACCAGAAGAAACCACCGACUUGGAAGAAUUAGAACAGUUUGCUAAGACAUUCAAGCAACGACGAAUCAAAUUGGGAUUUACACAGGGUGACGUCGGAUUAGCCAUGGGAAAACUCUACGGAAAUGAUUUCUCACAAACAACCAUAUCACGAUUUGAAGCAUUAAAUUUGAGCUUCAAGAACAUGUGCAAACUGAAGCCGUUACUACAGAAAUGGCUGGAAGAUGCUGAUCGAAGUAUGAAUAAUCCAGGAGGAAUGUUCGGGCCAAGCACCUUAAGCAGUCCUUUAACUACCCCCGAAGCAAUCGGACGUCGACGAAAAAAACGGACUUCUAUUGAAACAUCAGUACGAGUAGCUUUGGAAAAAGCUUUCUUCAUCAACUCCAAGCCUACAAGCCAAGAAAUAACUAAUCUAGCUGAUAAUUUGUGUAUUGAGAAAGAAGUUGUUCGAGUUUGGUUUUGCAAUCGACGACAAAAGGAGAAACGUACUAAUCCUGGCAACCCUGAGAGUCCCGAUAACGAGUUGGGAAAUGGAUCGAGUAUGUUCGAGCUAGCAUCACAAUACACAUCAUCAAUGAAACAUGAAUGACCUGUUCGCCGAAAGACUUUUUAAGUAAGUUUCAAAUAAAAUUAAAAAGUUGAGAUAAAAUAACAGAAGCACAACCGCCGCAAUGUCAUCAUACUACAAUGACUGUGAUACAGAUUCGAACAGUGGUAAUUUAUAAACAGAUACUAACUAAAAAAAUGGAUUAAUUGAAGCAUUUUAUAGAAUGAAAUUAUUUUACAUGAUGAUGAUAAGCAUUUCUUCUAAAUAAGACAUACAUCUAGUAAAUUGUAGUGAAAAUGAGAUAAAAAGAAAAGAAAACAUAG